AUGAUUGAAAUAAAUCAAAAUGUUAAGUGUGAACGGUUAUACCUACAAAGGGAAGAUAAGAAUGACAUCUUUUUAGAUAAUUGUCAAAUUAUAAAACAACAUCAAAUAGAAGGAUUGCGGUUUCUUUUCAAGCAAUUUAAGAAGAAUAAUCCUGCAGCAGUAGUGAAUUUUCCUCCAGAAUGUGGCAAAUCAGUGACAGUUGCAUUAUUUCUUAAGGCUAUACAUAACUUAUUAAAAAAACCAGUCCUUAUUUUGUGCAAUAAUAAAAAUGAAAUUGAUACUUGGAAAGACACUAUUCUUCAGUGGACAGAAUACACAAAUGAUGAUAUAGCUAUAGAGUCAUCAAAUGUGUAUAUAAAGAAGAAAAUUUUUCUAAAACAUUUAGAAGAUAUCUUACCAUACCAGCGUCGCAGUUGGGACAUACUUAUAAUUAAAGAUGAUUUAGACAAAAACACAUUGAAACUUGUCUUUGAUGCAGAUUUUAAAAUAUGGAUGACUUCUUUUGAUGUUAAGAAAGACCUCAAUAUGCUUUCUUUGACCUAUAACUGGUUUACAAAAGGAGCAAUGAAUGCCAAAGACUUUUUACCCAUAGAGAGUACACGGAAGGAGAAAAUUGAGAAAGCUAUUCUUCUUGAUUCAUUUCUUGAAGACUUUGUUAUACAAGAAACUAGAAUAGAACCAUUAAAAUUGAAAAAGAUUUCUGAUACAUCAGAAACUAAACUGAAUGAAGAAAAAUCAAUGAAAAAGUCUAGAAAAAAUAAAGAUGCAAGUGGUACCAAAAUUAAAAGAUCCAAGAGGGUACUUGGAGAUCAUGACAUGACUGAAGUUAAUCAAAAUGAAGCUGUGAGUGUAAAUAAUUAUGAAAUCCUAAAAGAAAAUAAUGAUCAUCUAGAAAUAAAUAGUCCUGAAAUUGGCAUAAAAAUCAAAAGGUCUAAAAUGGUACUUGAAGAUGAUGAUAUUACUACUGAAGUCAAUCAAAAUGAAGCUGCGAAUGUAAAUAAUGAUGCAAUUUUCAAAGAAAAUAAUGAUUACCUUAAAAUAAACAAUUCUGAAAAACAAUUUAGUUUUGGUGCUGCUGUAGAAGAUUUAGUGAGAAAUGAAAAUGUAACAUCAAAUAAAUCAACUGAAUCUUUUGAUGAAAGUACAUCAAAUAUAAGCAAUACUAUUAUAUGUGAUGAAGAGUUUAUCAAUGAUAAAGAAUUUGAUAAGAAAAGUGAUAAAUGUGUUGAUAAGUGUGAAAUACAAGCAGAUAUUGUUGAUAAUAUCGGGGAAAUGACUGAAAAUGGUACUAAUUUUAUAGAUGAAAGUGAUAUAAGAAAUGUAAGUUUAAAAAGUAUUGAAGGUAUGAAUGUGGAUGAAGAAAAUGAGUUAAAUAUUGUGGAAACGGCAAAGAGUGAUCUAGUUUUACAUGAAAGUAUAGAUAUAAAAGAAACGGGAACAGACUUAGAAAUAAAAACAGAAGGUCACAAAGAUAUAGACACUAUGAUAAGCGAGUUGGAAGAGAAAGCACUUAAAAAGUUUAAAGGCUCUCUGCUCGAUAGUAUAUUU